AUGAUUUGGACUUGGAUCCAUCAGAGGAAGCAAUCAAGGGGUUGGGAUACAAAGAAAGCUGAGCAUACGUCGAGGCAGGCCAAGAAAUCACAAUAUGCUGUUCGAGCAAUUACUCGCUCCGCUUUGAGCCACAAAGCCCAAGCCCUUUUGCAGAGAGGUGCUGAAGUCGUGGAGGCCGACUUAGAUAACCCUUCCUCGCUAAAGGCCGCUCUCGCCGGUGCACAUACUGUCUUCGCCAUGACAAACACUCAACAGGGUGGCAACACGGUUGAGAUCGAGACCCGGCAGGCGGGUGCGCUAUGUGAAGAAUUGGUCAAUGCUGGAGCGAAAUAUGUCAUCUGGAGCUCUCUCCCGUUUGUCCGCGAGUUUUCGAACGGCAAGCUCAAGGUCAACCACUUCGACGUGAAGGCGGAAAUCGAGCAGCGCAUCCGCGCCCUGCCGAUCAAAUCGUCCUUCUUUGUUCCAGCAUUUUUCAUGCAAAACUUCUCCAACGUCAUGGCACCAACUCCGGCAAACGACGGGACGUAUGUGUUCGCAAACUCCUGCACUGAGAGGACUCUGAUGCCACUCAUUGACCCUACUGAUACUGGAAAAUGGGUCGCGGCUAUCCUCGCAGAGCCGGACAAGUACGAAGGGAAAUCCAUUGCUGCCGCCCAAGGCCUUUACACCUGGAGCGAGAUUGCCGAGGCAGUUUCUGCCGCUUCCGGAAAAGUUGUCAAGUUUCAGGCGGUGCCGGAGGAGACAUUCAGGGGUUGGCUGCCGGAAGGACUGAGAGACGAUUUGCUUGAUAUGUAUUCACUGUUCAGGGACUAUGGAUACUACGGGCCGACGAUGAAGGAGGACAUUGAGUGGGGAGUGAAGCAGGCAAAGGGCAAUCUUACGUCGUUGGAGGAGUUUUUGAGGCGGGAACACUUUCAACUGAAAUAG